UGUUUGUAAUUGAGAAAGUCAAGGAAAGAGGAAAGGCUAAAAUCCUUAAAGUGUGACAUUUCAUCAGAGAUAGAGAGCAUGAAUGUGGGUUUGUGCGAGAUGCAUUCUGUAAUCUGUAGCACCGCCGUCGCACCUAACUUUUCCGGUCGCCGGAGCAAAGUUCGGAACCCUAAUCAAUUACGCGCUAAAUCCUCUCUGCUCAUUCAAAAGCAGGAUACCCAACUCGCAGAACCCUUAUCCGACUCCGUCUCCGUCUCCCGCCGCCUCAUUCUCCUUCGCCAUGCUAAGAGUUCCUGGGCAAACCGCUCGCUCCGCGACCAUGAUCGGCCUCUGAGCAAGUCUGGGAAAGAGGAUGCUGUGAGAGUUUCCCGCAAGCUCCAAGAGUUGGGUUGGAUUCCUGAACUUAUAUUGUCUAGUGAUGCAGCGCGGACUAAGGAGACACUUAAAAUAAUGCAAGAGCAAGUGCAGGAGCUGGUGGAGGCUGAGGUUCAUUUUAUUUCUAGUUUCUAUUCAAUUGCAGCUAUGGAUGGGCAAACUGCAGAGCACCUUCAAAAGGUUAUUUGUAGAUAUUCAAAGGAUGAGAUACUUACUGUCAUGUGCAUGGGACAUAAUAGGGGGUGGGAAGAAGCAGCAUCAAUGUUUUCCGGGGCCUCUGUGGAAUUAAAAACAUGCAAUGCUGCACUGCUUGAGACUGCUGGAAAAUCUUGGGACGAGGCAUUUGCCGCCGCAGGAUUUGGUGGAUGGAAGCUUCAAGGCAUAGUAAAGCCAAGUAGCUAGCUUGCUGUGACUUUCCUGCUGGGUAAACUUACAAAUAAAUAUGCAAGAGGUUGGAAGCGUCAAUACUUAUUCAAGCAAACCUAAAAGGCCUCAGUUAGGUAAAGGCUACAGUACUGAUGACUUCGGAAAGUAUAUACUGGAGGGUAUGAUGCCAAAAGCUUCAGUUAGAUCUGUUUAAUUUAGCAGCUGUGAUGUUUACAUGGUGAUUCAAGAUGAUACAUGGCUGAGGAUAAUGUGCAGGAUCUCAAUGGUUCAUAUAUGCUGCUUGGUAUGGGUCAUUUGUUCAUUGAAGUGAACUUAUGCUGCUCGGUGGUUGUUGAUUCAUACUCAACUACAGGUUUCCAAAGAAAAAAAAAUAAUAAUGCUUCUGUAAAUCAUAUGCUGUGAAAAGAAAAAGCAUUACUUGUUA